UGUCAGCUCUCUAGAUACCAGUCCUCGGCAUAAAAUACGGCUGUAGAGGUCGGAGACUGUCCGGAUCAUUCGGCAUUGAUUGUGUCCCGCAUUCUAUGUGAUAUCACACCCGGAAAGGGCUAUUUAAUCUCACCAACGGCAUAUCGGGAUCUCAGUUAAGAGAAUCGGAGAACACAAGUGGCUAAUGGAAUUCUAGCCCCGCGAUAAGCCUAGCCCCGAUUAAAAAUACAUAAAAUACGGUGCACACAAGUACCACAAAGUGUUACAGAAUAUCUCGCCAUGUCGUGUCAGUCACGGACCUCAUGUGAGGGCUGCUCCUGCAGUGAGGGGAGCAGUCAGCCACCAGUGAAUAUUGAGGACUGUGAAAGUGAACUACUUGCCCUUCGGAGGCGUACAGUGGAGCUGGAGAAGGCUCUGGUAUCAAUGAAAGAUGGGCAGCCGAAAGAUAAUGCAUCAAGUGUCCGGAAGUUGCGGUCGGCCAACUGGUUCAAUUGCGAAAGUGACCCCGGCAUGAUGGCCCUUUACAUUGAGCGGUACCUCAAUUAUGGUAUCACCCGGGAGGAACUGAUGUCUAGCAAGCCAAUCAUCGGAAUAGCACAGUCUGGAUCAGAUUUGUCUCCGUGCAACCGUCAUCACCUCGAAUUGGUGAAACGGGUCCGAGAAGGUAUUAGGUCUGCUGGAGGAAUCGCCUUUGAGUUUCCCACUCAUCCUAUUCAGGAGAGUAGCAGGAGACCCACUGCUUGUAUCGAUCGAAACUUGUCGUAUCUGGGCCUAGUAGAGAUCCUCUUUGGCUAUCCGUUGGACGGUGUAGUCCUUCUGACGGGUUGUGACAAGACUACACCUGCCGCUCUGAUGGCUGCGGCCACGGUGAAUAUUCCGGCAAUAUGUUUGAACGUUGGCCCGAUGCUUAACGGCUAUGUCAAGAAUGGCCUGGCAGGGUCCGGGAUGGUAGUGUGGAAGGGUAGAGAGAUGUACGCGGCAGGUGAGAUCAAUAAGGAGGAGCUCAUCGAUUAUGUGUCUAGAGGUGCACCGUCGGUGGGACAUUGUAACACAAUGGGAACAGCGUCAACUAUGAAUGCUUUGGCAGAGGCGCUUGGGAUGGCCCUACCUGGGUCGGCUGCCAUACCCGCUCCGUAUCGUGAACGAGGCCAAUGUGCUUACGAAACAGGAUUGCGCAUUGUUGAGAUGGUUCAUUCUGACCGGAAGCCAAGCGACAUCAUGACACGGGAGGCUUUCGAGAAUGUCAUUGUAGUUAAUACUGCUAUCGGCGGCAGUACUAACGCCCCAAUCCAUAUUAACGCGAUCGCUAAACAUAUUGGGGUAGAUGUUUCACUAGAUGACUGGGACCAACUUGGAUUUCAUAUUCCACUACUGCUGAACAUGCAACCAGCCGGUGAGCUACUGGGAGAGGAAUACUAUCGGGCAGGUGGGCUACCCGCAAUAAUGGCGGAGUUGUUAGAUGCUGGGAAGCUGAAUGUGGAAGCCUUGACUUGCAAUGGUCGCACAAUAGCCGAGAAUGUCCGGGGGAAGCAUACCUGGGAUCGUCGAAUGAUCAAGCCAUAUAACGAACCACUGAUGGAGGACGCCGGAUUUCUCCAUCUCCGAGGCAGUCUAUUUCAGUCUGCCAUCAUGAAAACAUGUGUGAUAUCUGAACCUUUUAGGCAGCAGUUCCUGGAGAACCCCAAGGACCCAAAUGCUUUUGAGGGCACCGUUGUAGUAUUUGACGGACCAGAGGACUAUCAUCAUCGACUCGAGGACCCUUCCACCCCCAUCGAUGAUAGAAGUAUUUUAGUGAUGCGCGGGGCUGGCCCAUUAGGAUAUCCAGGCGCGGCCGAAGUUGUGAAUAUGCACCCACCUGGACGACUUUUGCGCCAAGGGGUCAAAUCGCUUCCGUGCAUUGGAGACGGGCGACAAUCGGGAACUUCCGGCUCGCCAUCAAUUCUCAAUGCUAGUCCUGAAGCAGCAGCGGGUGGGAAUUUAGCCCUUCUUCAGGAUGGGGACAGGCUCCGCGUUGACCUAAACAAACGACGCGUUGACAUACUUGUUUCCACGGAAAAAUUGGAGAAACGAAGAAAGACACUAGAAGCCCGGGGGGGUUACGGGGUACCGGAAAGUCAGACACCUUGGCAGGAAUUAUUCAGGAGGGAGACGGCACAGUUGAGCGAUGGAAUGGUCCUCCGAGACGCCGUCAAAUACCAACGACUUGCCCAGCGAUAUGAGAACCCGCGGCAUAAUCAUUGAGGAACGAUGUGCUUGAUGUCUCUAGAUACCAUGUAUGUA